UGUCGCCUAAAUAGUUUCGGUCUAAUCGCACCAGUUUCUCGUCGGUUUCCCCAUUAAAAUUUCUAUCGCUGUCGAGUCUUAAAGAGUUGCACAAUAUACAACGUUGAGAUGGCCGAUGACACGAGUGUACGCGUCGCCGUACGAAUAAGGCCUCAAGUAGCACGUGAAGUAAUCGAUAUGUGUAGAAUUUGUACACAAGUUCCUCCAGGAGAACCCCAGGUCUUUCUUGGACCAGACAAGGCCUUCACGUACGAUUAUGUUUUUGACACUGGUAUCGGGCAAUCCACAAUUUACGACACGUGUGUUGCACGUUUAGUAGAAGGAGCAUUAGAUGGGUAUAACGCAACUGUGCUGGCCUAUGGUCAAACUGGUUCUGGAAAAACCUAUACCAUGGGCACUGGUUUCGACGUAGAAGUCGAUGAGACUGUAAUUGGAAUCAUUCCUAGAGCUAUUAAACACCUUUUCAAUGGAAUUACAGAGAAACAGCAGUGCGCCAGGGAACGUGCGCAAAUGCCUUCAGAAUUUAAGGUUACUGCACAAUUCUUGGAAUUGUAUAACGAAGACUUGAAGGAUUUAUUAGAACCGGGUGGACCGAGAGGCGGUGCUCGUAUUCACGAAGAUACCGCAGGCAACAUUCAUUUAGCUGGUGUUGAACCACGAAUUGUAACUAGUCCGGAACAGGCUUUAGAAUAUUUACGAUUGGGGGCACUGUCACGUACAACUGGGUCUACACAGAUGAAUACUCAGUCGUCGAGAUCACACGCUAUAUUUACAUUGUAUAUAAGACAGCAAAAAUGUAUAAAAGUCGAAGAUCCGGAUGCCGAUAUCGAUACAAGUGGCACAGAACCAGCAAGCGAAUUUGAAACUUUAACGGCUAAAUUUCAUUUUGUAGACCUAGCUGGUUCCGAAAGAUUAAAAAGAACAGGCGCUACAGGAGAUAGAGCAAAAGAAGGAAUAUCUAUAAAUUGUGGAUUAUUGGCCUUAGGUAAUGUAAUUUCAGCGCUUGGUGACAAAACAAAGAGAGCUUUACAUGUUCCAUAUAGAGAUUCAAAAUUGACUAGGCUACUUCAAGACUCACUGGGAGGGAAUAGCCAAACUGUUAUGAUAGCAUGCGUAUCGCCGAGCGACAGAGACUUUAUGGAAACUCUGAGCACUCUUAAGUACGCAAAUAGAGCAAGAAAUAUUAAAAACAAAGUUACAAUUAAUCAGGACAAGAGUUCGAGGACAAUAGCUUCUCUUCGAAGAGAAAUACAGCAACUUCAGUUAGAGUUAAUGGAAUAUAGACAAGGCAAAAGAGUUGUCGGGGAAGAUGGUAUGAAUGAUGCUUGGCACGAAAAUCAAAUGUUAAGUAGCGAAUUGCAAAGUCUUCGUACUAGAGUUAAAGCUCUUUCGGAAACUGUCGAAGCAUUGACAGCAAAGAACGUUCUUCUGCUGGCAGAGAAAGCUACCGGUCAGUGGAUAUCGUCGACAGGUGGAAAUAGCGAAGUAACAAGUUUAGUACAAGGGUAUGUUCAAGAGAUAGAAGAGUUAAGGGCUCGACUGUUGGAAGCUGAGGCUAUGUAUCAACAGCUUAAGAAACGACAGAUUCAAGUUAACGCAGCAAAUCCUUAUGGUGACUCUGGAUACAUAUUUCAUAGUGAUUCUCCGUCAGUAUUAAACGAUGCGAAAAAAGAAUUGCAAAAAGAAAUUGACGCGUUAACUCUGUUAAAGGAACAGCAAGCAUAUGUUACUAAUACCGUCAGUAAAACGGUAGAUGAAGCUGAAGGUGAAGAUACAGAAGUUGGUCAAGACUUUGCGAGCGACGAUGAUUCGGAUGAUGAUACUGAUAGGAAAGAAGAAGAUGAGGAAGAGGCAGCUAUGGGUCGUGAAUUGGAAGCUUUAACGUCGGAUAUCGACGUAAAACAGCGAUUAAUACAGGAACUGGAGCUAUCUCAACGACGACUACAAACAAUGAAACAGCAUUACGAGGACAAACUUGCCCAGUUACAAGCUCGCAUCAAGGACACUCAAGAAGAAAGAGACAAAGUAUUACAUUCUUUGCAACAGCAACCAACACCACCGACAGAAAAGGUGAAGAAACUGCGCGACGAAUACGAGAAGAAACUUGCUGCUAUGCAGAAAGAAAUGCGACUUCUACAAUCCGCGAAAAAAGAACACGCAAGGUUGCUUAAGAAUCAAUCUCAGAAUGAGAACAGAUUAAGAGGACUUCGAAACGAAUUGGCAGAAAUGAAAAGAGCAAAAGUGAAGCUGUUAAAUAAAAUGCGCGAGGAGGCGCAGAGACAUAAAGAAAACGAACUGAGACGCAACAAAGAAAUAGCACAACUACGCAAGGAAAGUAGAAAAAAUGCGAAUAUGAUCAGAACGCUAGAGGCUGAUAAAAGAAUGAGAGAAGUAGUGCUUAGACGCAAGCAAGAAGAGGUUACAGCGUUAAGAAAGAGGGACAGAGGCUUAAGUCAAAAAGUUGCAGGUAGAGCACCGCCUAAGCCAAUUAAUCCAAAAGCUUUAAAGCAAAGAUGGUUGACGUUCGAAAGGACUAUCGCGAAACAAGCAUUGGCCAAGCAGGCAGCUGCGGAAACGGAGAGAGAAAUGGAAAGACUUCUUCAAGAACGCGAGGAAUUGGGUAGAGAACUCGAAAAGCUUCAAAAACAAAGAAACGCUAUAACAAAUUCGAGGGGUGACACGAUUGAUGUCGACGAAGAAAUCGACAAUGUGAAAAGCAAAAUUAGUUACUUGCAGGAUAGCAUCGCCGAGUGUCAACGCGAUAUGGUGGAAAUGGGCGAUGGAGAUGCAGAGGGUGAACCAGGUGUUGAAGCUCUGGUAUCGACAAUUCAAACGGUAGACGAAGCACAGUACUUGUUGCAAAGAAUGCUAGCAUUUACCGUGGAACAGAGCUGCGUAGCUGCUCAGAAGCAGCUCGAGGUUCGAGAUAUGGAAUCUCGAUUAAAUCAAGUGGCGCAAGAAAGCGACGUGCAACAUCAAUUAUUAGAACACGUAUUACGAGACAGGGAUCUCUUAUCUCUCACAAACAAUCAUCAUAAUACAUUGAAUUAUAGCCCUCCAAGUUCAAGAAGCUCAUCGCCAGAUAAUGAAACUUAUAGUCAAGUUAUAAUCGGAGAGGAAAGGCAACGUAAUAAUAAAGUAAGACGAAGAACUACGCAACCUCAAGAACUUCUUUACGGGGUUCAACCGAGCCCAGAUAAUUUGAAAACGGAGGAGCAAUGUCAAAAUCAUAAUCAUCCGCUUACAAGGGUACCUAGCGCGCCAGGUAGCUUAAAGGGAUUAGUAUUAACGAGAAGUCAGUAUGGUAACGUAACUGGAUCCCCUACCUUAAAUCGACGCGAUAGUACGUCACCAAGGCCACUACGACGACCGCUACAUCCAGGUGGAGGCUCUAUGGAACAGGUAGCACAUACAGAUGUGUCAUCGCCUCCUGGAUCGCCAACAACCUAUCGACGAUUCAACAGUCGAGAAGAAAAUGUGUUCUCCAGGCUGACUGCGAGUAGGCAACCAGCAUCAACAGACCCUCAACCUAUGAAAGGAAUCAUUUCUCAAUAUCAAGGCAAGACACCACCAAGAGCUGUUUUGCAAUGUUCUCACGUAGCAGAGGGUCACAGUAAAGCAGUUUUGACUAUAUGCGCGACUGCAGAAUUACUAUUCAGCGGUUCGAAAGAUCGAACUGUGAAAGUAUGGGAUCUAAGAACAGGAAUUGAAAACCUAACGUUAAGCGGUCAUCCAAACAACGUCGUAGCGGUAAAAUACUCGCCAGUACAAAAUUUAUUGUUCAGUGUUUCCGCAGCGUAUGUGAAAGUUUGGGACCUGAGAAUAGGCAACAGUUGCGUCAAGACUUUAUUCUCGUCUGGCCAGGCUCAAAGUGGGCCAAUUGCAUUAUCAACACCAUCUAGAAUGCUUCAAGUUCCUGUCGGUGAAACGACUAUCAAUGAUCUGGUGCUUAGCAUGGAUGAACAAGAAUUAUACACUGCGUCCAGCGAUAAGGUUAGAGUAUGGGAUCUUCGUAAAUUAACGUAUAAUGGAAGAUUAAGUACACCGCAUACAGCAGCGGUAAUGUGCUUGGCUGUUGCGAAUGAUGGUCGUGUAAUAGCGGGCAGCAAGGAUCAUUUGAUAUCGCUUGUUGAACCAAAUACAUCAGGGCAAUCCGUCAGUUUAGCACCGCCUCAUUACGAUGGAGUGCAAUGUUUAACUACUUGUGAUUCGACACUAUUUUCUGGUUCAAGAGACAUGUGUAUUAAAAGGUGGGAUCUAAGUAGAAUGGAACUUGUCCAAUCGUUGAAUAACGCACACAGAGAUUGGAUCUUGGGUUUGUGUAUGAUCAAUUGUGGAUCCAUCAUGGUCUCAGGAUGUCGAGGAGGAGUUUUAAAGGCAUGGUCUGUAUCAAAGGAUCAAGGAGGGGAAUGUGCUCCGAUAGGUGAAGUUCGAGCACAUGGUUCCGCGAUCAAUGCUGUAACAACUAAUCAACAGCAUGUUUUUACUGCAAGCAAGUUAGUAUAUGUAUAUUUGUUUAUACAUAUUAUUAUCUAUACCGAACUGAUCCGAAGCAUACUAAAACUUGGAUCAAUUAAAACUAUUCUUUAAUUUUUCCCUAACGUUAAAUAUUUUAUCUCAUGAGCUUAAAACGUGUGCUUGGGUUCAGCAUAUCUAUAACUAUUUCCUUAAAUAGAGUAACAUCGUGAAUAUUGAUUACAGCUCUGGAGAAGUGAAGCUGUGGCGUAUUCCCGAUUCCUCGCUAACCAUGUCUAUUUCCACAGUUUCCCUUUAACUUAUUUUUCUAUAUUAUUGCAUUUUAUUCUUUUGCAUUUAUAGGUUGUUGAUGUGGUGGCGCGCAUGCUUAUCGAAACACACUUUGUUGUUAUCGAAAAGUGUGUGAACACGUAUAUCUGUCAUAAUUGUAACGAACAAAUUUGUAAACUACUCGAACGAUAAAUGUUGCUAAGAACGAGUUUAUCGAACAUGAAAAUUUAAUUUAACUUUUUCGUUCCUUUGCUUCUAUGUGUUUACACUCCACUUUGGUACUUUGCAUGGUCAUCGUGUCGACGUGAAGUGACGGAACGGUCAGGCUGUGGAGCUACUAUAAGAAAGAUGCAAGAACUUUCCAGAGAAGCAACUCGUUGAAAAGCUAAUACAUGCACCUAGUGAAAUAUUGUAUUCAUUUCGUAACUAUAAUUUUUUAUUUAUUUAUUAAUUUGUAUUAAUUUAUGACACAAUAGGAGAUUAAUAAAUAGAAUUUGAAACGAUAAUGCACCUGACUUAUUGCUUAUUGGAAUAUUAAUUUUUUACAUUUUAUGUUGGUAAACGUACGUCAAUGUAUUUUUGCCUUUAAGUGACUUUGGUAUUUAAAUUUCAAAGCGACAUUAUACAAGAAAUUGAGUGCAUUAUCGUGAUACGCCUAUGCGUAGAAUUUAAACAAAGUUACUUAAUAAGAAUGACUUUGGUAUUAUCUAGCAUUUAUUUUAUUAUGAACAUGAAGGUGGUAAUAAUUAUAUUUACUCUUAGUACAAACAAUAAUUGUUGAUUAAUACUGUACAGUCUGAGGUCUCUGUAGGUCCCAAAUGCUUGAUAUUGUCAGGGUUGGCUGUUAUUUAGUUUUCUUCUAAAAAUUAAAACAGUAUUAUGUCUAAUUAUGUUUAUAAUUAUAAAGAAAUAAACAAACUAAUAAUAUUAGA